CAACUUUUAACUCUGCACGGAUGAUGCCCUUGCUCGAUGGCGUCUGAUGAAUUCCUCACUGGGAAACAGUAACAGGUCUGCCAAACUUAUCACCUCCCAUGUCACCGGGACGUCUCCAUGGCGAUAUUUAGCAGCGCAGAGCGGCUCUGGAACGAGUCAGACCGCCUCGGAAUCGACGAGAGGAAUGAGAGCGCGGAGGCAUCAGGGCAGGACGAGGGCGAGCGCAACUACUACGCCAUGCUGUAUUCCCUGCUCAUCCUGGCCAUCGUGUUUGGGAACGUGCUGGUGUGUCUGGCUGUGCUGAGGGAACGUUCCCUUCAGACCACCACCAACUACCUGGUGGUCAGCCUGGCUGUGGCCGACCUGCUGGUGGCUUCGUUGGUCAUGCCCUGGGCUGUCUACCUGGAGGUGGUUGGCGGUGCCUGGCUUUUCAGCCGGCUCUACUGUAACAUCUUUGUCACGCUGGAUGUGAUGAUGUGCACCGCCAGUAUCCUCAACCUGUGUGCUAUCAGCAUUGACAGGUACACAGCAGUGGUGAUGCCCGUCUUGUACAACACCACCCAUCGCUCCAGGAAGAGAGUUUUUGCGAUGAUUGCCACCGUGUGGGUCCUGGCCUUCGCUGUCUCCUGUCCCCUGCUAUUUGGCUUCAACACCACAGAUGACCCCAUGGUGUGCUCCAUCUCCAACCCCGACUUUGUGAUCUACUCUUCAGUGGUGUCCUUCUACCUGCCUUUUAUUGUCACUCUGCUGGUCUACAUCCGCAUCUACAUCUUCCUCAGGAUGAGGCGGAAGAGGAUCGCCUUCAGCCAGGCCAGCGGAAAGAUCCAGCCAGGCUCGACCCCGCCAUCUGUGGAGACCUGUCUACAAGAAGAGACUCCCAAGGCGAAACAAGACCUGUCACCAAUAAGGAUUAAUGUGCAGAGCGUAGAGCCCUCAGGUCACUCCAAGCCCAACCUGCUCUCACGAUGCCUGUGGCGCAAACGCCCAAAGACAGGACCGGUUGAGAACUCGAUGCUGCCCCCAGUGGACACACAGAACUACUGCAGCAUCAGCCACGCCUCCUGCGGCCGCACAGAGCUGGAUCUGGAGCAGGAGCGAGGGGAAGAGGAGGAGGUGGAGGAGAACAACGAGAAGGAGCUGCCUCCUAUCAGGAUGAGCUGCGAGGUGAAGGAUCUGUCCAAUGGACGAACACACACGUCACUGCGGCCGUUGCCUCACUCUCAUAUCACCACCAAUCAACGAUUCAGGAGCAUGCACGCACGGGAGAAAAAGGCCACUCAGAUGCUGGCCAUUGUGCUCGGGGUGUUUCUCAUCUGCUGGCUGCCUUUCUUUGUGACUCACAUUCUGAACACCCACUGCAGGACAUGCUACGUGCCUCCUGCACUUUACAGUGCUUUCACCUGGCUGGGGUAUGUCAACAGUGCCCUCAAUCCUAUUAUCUACACCACCUUCAACAUCGAGUUCAGGCGGGCCUUCAUCAAGAUCCUCAGCUGCUGAGGAAGGAGGCGCGCCAGGAAAUUAAAAUGGAAAUGAGGCUGAGGACUCACGCUACAACUCAGGCAUGGUGCAUUUAGUAAACAGUGACCACAGAUAUACUCUGGUCAUGGUUGAGGGAAGCAAAUCUGCUUUGUAUCCUAAAGCGGUUAUACAGUAGCAGUGAGGUGAAACAUGGAAAUGAACCGACACUGUGUCGUGCAAUAAAUGCAAACAGGAGGAUUUUUACUUUUCUGACUCCAACAAAGAUUCAAACCUUUGUUUCUCAACAGGGCUGGGACUUCAUUUGAACAGUAUUACUCAUCAAAUAAGACUUAAAUUUUCACAUGCAUACG